UGGCUGUAUUGGUGUACGUCGGGGCCUCCGUGUUUCUUGGAAUCCAUCCCGAGCUGGGCCCUUGCACUCUGACUCUGCGACCUCCCCCCAUCUGAUCCCAGACAUCAUGGCCUCCAUAAAGCCUGAUACGCCUGUCGAGGUGGCCGACAUCCCCGGGAGGUCAGUAUUGGUUUUAUAUGGCUCCGAGACGGGGAAUAGUCAGGACAUCGCCGAAGAACUCGGGAGGACGGUCCAGCGUCUACACUUCAAAACUAAGGUGGAUGAGAUGAAUGCCAUCAAGCUUAGUGAAACUCUUCGUUAUACGCUGGUCAUCUUUGUCUUGUCCACAACCGGCCAGGGAGACAUGCCUCAGAAUUCCCUCAUCUUCUGGAAGAGCCUUUUGAGAAAGAAGCUUGCUCCGGGAUGUAUGGGCACCCUGAAGUUCACCACGUUCGGUUUGGGGGAUAGUUCGUACCCCAGAUUCAACUGGGCGGUCCGGAAACUCCACAAGCGUCUUGGGCAGCUCGGCGCAGAAGAAUUCUACUCUCGGGGAGAAGGCGACGAGCAGGACGACGAUGGGAUCGAUGAAGCAUUUCUCCCGUGGUCGACCGGCCUGCGCGCAAAGCUCCUGGAACAGUAUCCCUUACCAGACGGACUUACUCCUAUUCCCGAUGAGGCUCUGCUACCGCCGAGGUACACUCUUCCGAUAGGCGCGCAUGUGAACCUACGGAACGUGCAUGAACCUGAUGGCUUCGACGAGGUCGGGAGACGGGAGCUUUUCCGCCGAAUCGAGAACCUUGGAGUGCUUGAAGUCGUUAGGGAUUCGACACCAGAGGUUCCCUUUUUGGAGAAUCCCGCCGCUAAAAGCCAUUAUCAUCCUCCUCCUCUAUCAGCCGGCGCGGUUAUGGCUACGCCCGAUAGUGUCCUGGCCAUCCUCGACGCGAACGACAGAGUGACGCCAGCGGGGCAUUGGCAAGAUGUCCGGCUGAUCAGGCUUGAAUUAUACCAUUUCCGCCCCGAACCCCUCUCCAUCCACCCAGGCGACUGCGUCAGGCUCUACCCGCGCAACUCACCAGAGGACGUCGAUAGGCUCAUUAAGUGUAUGGACUGGGCUGACGUUGCGGAUCGGCCUCUGGACUUGGAAGCCAUCGGCGGCGAACUUGCGACGGGACUGUACACUGAUCGCCACACGACCCUUCGCCGCCUGCUCACAGAGAACCUAGAUAUCACCGCCAUCCCCCGACGCAGCUUUCUGGAGGCCAUCUCGCACCACUGCACCGACGUCAAUCACAAGGAGCGGCUGGUUGAGUUUUCCAAGGUAGACUAUGUUGACGAGUAUUAUGAUUACGCGACGCGUCCACGCCGUACCAUCCUUGAGGUGCUCGAGGACUUCCAAUCCGUCAAAAUCCCCCCGGCAUACGCCCUCGACGUCUUCCCCAUCAUCCGCGGUCGGGACUUCAGCAUUGCUAGCAUCCGGCCUUCUCCGUCGGCUCACCCCGGAGCCACCGCCAACAGCCCCUACACGGCCUACACCGUCGAACUCCUCGUCGCCUUGGUAAAAUAUCAGACCGUCCUCCGCAAGAUCCGCACGGGUCUCUGUUCCCGAUACCUCACCUCCCUGUCCGUCGGCGCUCCCGUGCUGGCCGCACAUAAACCGAGCCUGACUCGCCUGAACGGGCCGCUUCACGCCCAGCGACCACUGUGCGCCCUCGCCACGGGCACCGGCAUCGCCCCUGUGCGCGCCCUCGUCCAAGAACGUCUAAGCUACGACAAAUCGGGCCGCGCCGUCCUCUUCUUCGGCAACCGCUCCCGCGAGAAGGAUUAUUACUUUGCCGACGAGUGGGCUGCUCUCCCGACCGAGAAGCUGAGGGUGUUUACGGCCUUCUCCCGAGACCAGAAGGAAAAGAUUUACAUCCAGGACAUCGUUCGGCAGAAGGCCGAUGUUGUCGCGGAGCUGGUUCGCGAGGAUGCCAUCUUUAUCGUCUGCGGCGGGAGCAGCAAGAUGGCCAUGGCGUGUCGGGACGCCGUCAUCGCCUGUAUGCGGAAGACUGGCGUUUGCGACACAGAUGGCAAGGCGCAGGACCUGUUCGCCCAGUUAACCUGGUGGCAGGAGAUAUGGUAGCACAGAAUACCUGCUUGGGCAUGUGAUCCCUGCCCGUUUUCAAGUUGGCAGGCCCAUCGGUGUGAUCGUAGCAUGAGCGCGAGGGUGAGCGUGACACAUGGAUGCAUU